GUCUGCAGCUGCAGGUGAAGGGCAGCAGGUCCAGACCUCCAGCAGUACAGACGGUCAACCUGCCCCCUCUGACCAGCACCGCUACAACAUGGACUAUCCCUGCAUCGGAACCUGUCUGGUCAUCAACAACAAGAACUUCCACAAAAGCACCGGUAUGAGUGAGCGUCAGGGGACAGACGUUGAUGCUGGGAAGGUUCUGAACACCUUCAGGAAGCUGGGUUACAGAACCUCACUGCACAACGACCAGACUGUGGKWGAAAUGAAAAACCUGAUGAGACAAGUGUCUCAGGAGGACCACAGCKAGAACGCYUCCUUUGUGUGUGUUCUGCUGAGUCAUGGAGACGAGGGGGUCAUUUARGGCACUGAUAACMWUGAAAAGAUCGACACUCUGAUAAAUAACUUCAAAGGACACAAGUGUCUGAGUUUGGUGGGGAAGCCAAAGCUCUUCUUCAUACAGGCGUGUCGUGGUUCAUCCCUGGAUGGUGGUGUYAUGAURGAGACCGAUGCUGUGGAAGAGCAAGCAACAGAGAYGAUUCCRGUGGAGGCAGACUUCCUGUAUGCYUACUCCACAGCUCCGGGCUUUUACUCCUGGAGGAACYCAAGCAACGGCACCUGGUUCAUUCAGUCUCUGUGUGCAAUGUUGGAAAGGUUCAAGGGAGAACUGGAUCUGAUGCAGAUCCUGACUCGGGUCAACCACAUGGUGUCGCGCCAAUUUGAGUCUUCAUCCAACURGCCUGYGUUUAGUGGGAAAAAGCAAAUCCCUUGUAUUGUCUCAAUGUUGACAAAAGACCUUUAUUUUCCAAAGUAAAACCAUUUUACACUUAAUUCAUUUAGAAACCAAACACUUACAACAAGGGAGCAUUGACUAGGGCUGGGUGAUUUGGAUAAAAACUGAAUCAGGACAUACACCUUUCAAUAAUCYUUGAUUAGUUUUUUAUUUUACCUAUUUGGUGAUGUGAUCUUUGUUCUCUUUUAUCCACAACUUCCUCUUGAGCUGUUGCAUCAUUUUCRCCUCCAUGUCAUUCUGUUUUAUUUUGAAGCAGUUAUGGUGGUUAAACAUGGAACUACUACGUUACUCAACAGGUUGUUGCAGCUCACCAGAAAUGAGUUAGUUGGAUGAUGCAACCAAUCGUACCCCUAAUUUACACUAGAUGUGGCUCCGCUCUGCUCCGAUGUGGUCCAAUCUCCACAGCAAAUACGCAACCUUUAUAACCAGUAGCUGCGUUUCCAUUGACCAUGAAAAAUUUGCAAAUUAGAAAUUGGAAAAUAAAUUUGCUC